CGGAGGGAAGUGUUAAUGUCCGGACCGGCUGCUGAUGGUCAGCUGAUGUGUCAAACAGAGUCCAACCCUCAAGCGUUGUUUUGUUGACGUUUAUUCGGCCCGAAAGAGUUCUAGCCAUUGCUAAUGUAAUAUUUUCUCGGUUUCCUGCUAUAUCUUUCUUCAAUAUUUGACGACGUUUUCUUAAGCGGAAGCGAAAAAGAUGUAUCGAUUGACCUCAAGAGCCGCUGUCAGUCUGUUGACGUUUUCAUCGCUAGUGUGUUUUCUGCUGAUAUUAUCAGCGCAAACAUCAGAAGCUAAGAAUUCAGAAGACAUCAGGUGCAAAUGUAUCUGUCCACCUUAUAAGGACAUUGCUGGGCAGAUCUACAAUCGAAACUUUUCCUUGAAGGACUGUAAUUGCCUUCAUGUGGUGGAGCCCAUGCCUGUUGGAGGCCAAGAUGUGGAAGCAUACUGUUUACGCUGUGAAUGCAAAUAUGAAGAAAGGAGCUCUGGAACCAUCAGAGGCACCAUUAUAGCAUACCUGUCUAUUCUGGGCCUUCUGUUGUUGUAUAUGGUCUAUCUGACACUGUUGGAGCCUAUAUUGAAGAGAAGACUGUUUGGCCAUUCACAGCUCAUUCAGAGUGAUGAUGAUGUUGGGGACCAGCAGCCGUUCGCCAAUGCUCACGAUGUGCUUUCCCGCUCUCGCUCUCGUUCCAACAUGCUAAACAAAGUGGAGCACGCGCAGCAGCGCUGGAAGAGGCAGGUGCAAGAACAGCGCAAGUCUGUCUUCGACCGCCACGUGGUGCUUAGCUAAAAGCCUUCACAGUCUGGACUGUUUUAAGUGGGUUCUGGUACUGUGCUAAAGGCUGGGUCUUCUCAAUCUCAUUGGUCUGCCUGAGCAACCCCCAGUGACCCCACUGUGUUCAUUUCUUGAUGUGUAGGUUUGUCGUCUUGACCAAUGUGUGCGACUAAACCUUGUUUAUUAGUAGUUUGCUUGAUACAGACGGUUUGCAUUAAUCAUCACUGUGUUGAAAUCAUGCACUCUGAAAUUAGCAAAAAAAAGUUUACUUCUACUGCAGUCCAGUUACACCGAACUUCAUGUGGGGAUAGAAGUGCCAAUUUCCUCAUUGAAAUUAGGUGAUCCAUUUAUUCACUAAAUCAUUUUAUAUAAAUUUCAGAAUUGUUACUAAACAAAAAAAAUAUCGAUUUCCAGUCUCAAUGUACAGUGUAAAAUGACCCCAUCUUUCUUCUCUACUUACUCUUUCUUACCUUCCGCGUUACUGUUAACUAUUGUAUGUAAAUAAGCAGUGAAUGUGUUUUGUCCUUGUCCUCAAAUGAUAUGCUGUAUGACUAACUUCCAAAUUCAUUUCUUUAGCUUUGUGUAGAUUUAGAUUCAUUGCACAGUUCCUUUUAUUGUUUUUGAAGGACAGUAUUCAUAAGGUACAUUCUUUGAAGGUAUAAGAAUUAUAUUCUUUGUCAUUAAUAUGUGUAUAUAUAAUAAUUGAAAUGUUCAGGUACACGAUUUAACAAAGAGAGCUGUUUUGACCUUUUGAUUUACAUUACAGUUUUGUUAAUAUGUGAA